UAUAUUCAAAAAAUUUUUAAUUAUACUAUUAACUUCUCACUAUUAUAAUAAUUAUCAUUUUGUUUUAAUUCCGGUCAAUACAUUAGCAAUGGCACAUAAUAAUCAUAUUAACAUGUUUUGAAUGAUGCAUGUGUUUCAUCUUAGAUUUCAAUUAGAGCUGGUGAUGCUGUUUAUUUAAUAAUGAUGAAGAUGAUGAUGAUAAUUAUAAUUAAUAAUAUUGCUUUAGCAGCCUAAUCAUGUUUCUCCCGUCAGAUGCCUGUGAACUCACACUGGACCCAAACACAGCCCACAGACAACUCUCUCUGUCUGAGGACAGCAGGAAGGUGACGCGGGGUGAAGAGGACCAGUCGUAUCCGGAUCACCCAGAGAGGUUUGACGGCCAGCUCCAGGUGCUGUGUAGAGAGGGUCUGACUGGCCGCUGCUACUGGGAGGUAGAGUGGGGAGGAGGGGUUGCUAUAGGAGUGGUAUACAGAGGAAUGACAAGGACAGGACUGGGUGGUGACAGCCUGCUUGGAUUGAACAACAAGUCCUGGUGUCUUGAUUGUGAUGACGACGAUGACGCUGCUCCCUACUCUGCCUGUCACAACGGUAGUUCAACAUCCAUACGUCUCCCCCCCCCUCACUCUAACACAGUAGGAGUGUAUCUGGACCGGCCUGCUGGCUCUCUGUCCUUCUACAGAGUGUUCCCAGGUGGAGGGUGGUCCUCAGACACACUGACACACAUCCACACCUUCCAGGCCUCCUUCACCCAGGAGGUCCUCCUCCCUGGGUUUUGGUUUGAUACGAGUGGUUCCUCAGUGUCUCUGUGAGUGUCCAUUGUAGACACACAAACACACACACAGACCCAUGGAAGAGCACACGCAUGUAGACAGUCAUAAACACACCCAAACCAACAAACAUAUGUACAUGACUAUAAACACACACACACACACACACACACACACACACACACACACACACACACACACACACACACACACACACACACACACACACACACACACACACACACACACAGACUUAUUUACACACACACACACACACGUACACAGACUUAUUUACACAGACAUGCACUCACACACACACACACACACACCGUUCAUGGAUCUAAACCCACAUCAGGUCUGUGUGCCGGUGGUAAGCAGCAGGUAACAUCAGUGUCUCUCGUGGUUCAUCUCUCAGCCCUCUCUGUGUUCAGCUGGGCUGCUGAGCGUCAGAUUAGAGGGGGCCGCUUGGGUCUGGGGGGUCCACACAGUCCUGACGUUGUUGAGGACCAGCUGUUAGGGGGACGUUUGAAUACCCGUGGAGUGGACCCAUGGACGUACCUGUAGUGCAUCGGGUUGUUGAGCAGCAGCUGUUGGUGCUCUGAGGGGUCAACCCGUUCCGUGGAAGUACAACACUUUGUGAUUGAUUUAAAUACUCCACUGUAGUCCAAAUUAUUAAUUUUAUUGGGCUUCUGAAAGGUUCAGCAUAAACCAUGAAAGGAAGAUCUUUGGGUUAAGCCGGUUGUACAAAGAUUUACUUUCUAAUGUAAAAUGUGUUUUAAAUGUUGAUUGAUGGUACUUUAUAUUGCUACAAUAUUUUAUAUAUUUUCAACAUUGUAUUAAAGGAACCCAAAAUCUGUUUAUAUUUUGCCAUUCCUGACAUGGAACAUGAUUUAAAGCAGAUUUAACAACAUAAUCAUGAAUGAUGAUAAGGGUUCUAUGGGAAAGGGUAACGAUGUUGUAAAUUACUUUAAACGGAAGAUUGUUUCUUCGUGUUCUGUUGGGAACAACAAGUCAACAUGUUCAAUGAUUAAAGAUACCUGUUUAGGAUUUGUAAUUGUUCAUAAAGCAUAAUGUUAAUAAACAACUCAGUCGAUCAACUGAACGUUCUUGUGUGUUCAGAGGAUUCUUCCUGUUAGUUCAGUUGAAAUCCUCCAAGUCUUCUGGAGACGUUACCUCCAACACAACAGUGGAGUCUCCAUUCACCCCUUCAUCAGUGUGUGGAGGGAGGAUAUUACCACACACACAACAGUGGAGUCUGACUUUUUUAAUCACACACGCAUAUACAAAAACAAAAAGUAGGUAAAAAGGUGGCUAAACAGACAGGCUAAGCUUGCCAGAGCCUAGCCUAUCUGGCAAACUCUGCUGUCUGAUUGGUUCAGAGACAGCAGGCCUGUGGUAAUGCACCAGGCCCUUAGAUGGUAGUUCCCGUUACAUGGUACAGAGGUUUCCUUACGUCCUCAUCUCCUCCCUCCUCACCCUUGCUGUCAUUGGACGGCGGGUCAGCUGGAUGCAGUCCUCCAGGUAGUACCACACACACCCACACACACACAAACACACACACACACACACACACACACACACACACACACACACACACACACACACACACACACACACACACACACACACACACACACACACACACACACACACACACACACAC